UUCAUUCUCUUCACUUUCUCUUAACUCCAUUUAUUUUUCCCAAACAAGGUGAAAGAAAACAAAAUUAGAGGUUCCUAAUUCUUCCCGCGCUUUCUCAAAACCUCACCAAAAUGGCGCAACCAUGGGAAGAAGCUCUAGAUCUAGACGAUUCAGACCUCCCUUCUCUCCGCCCUCUCAAAAGCCGUAACCAACAAACCACCACCGCUGCCGCACCCUCUGUCUCUCAACCGUUUCUCCAGCGCUGCUCUCUCUCUCAAUCCUCGCAAACUCUACCCUCCCAAAACCCACAAAAUCUUCUCUCCCAAUUCCAUCUCCCACCCAGCUCCUCUCCUCGCCUCAUCCCUGGUCCUGCAGGAUCCGUUCAAUCCGCCAUGCUCCGCCGUCGGAAGAAUCAAAAUGGUGAAAAUUUUGCUGGGGAUUUUUGUGAAGAGCCAAUCCCAACGCAGGAGUACAUUAGGAGGGUUGUGGAAGACGGUGUUGCCGAAGAUGAUGAUGAUUUCACUGGCGACCCCUGGCUCUGCGCCGUGGAUUUUAUUCGCUGCCAAGGUUUGGCAGAUGGGGAUGGUGCAAUUGGGAUUCCUUUAAGUGUGAUAAAGAGCAGGAUUAACAUGGAUAAAGUGGCUCAGGUUGUUGCCAUUGUUAAAUCUUGCACUCCAAAUGGCCUUGGUGAUGUGAUGGUGACUCUAAAGGAUCCAACAGGUACAAUUGAUGGUACCAUUCAUGGCAGAGUUCUCACUGAGCGGGAGUUUGGAAAGGACAUAUCUAUCGGAGCCGUGAUAAUAGUCCAAAAGGUAGCAGUUUUUUCCCCGUCACGCUCUGCACAUUACCUCAACAUAACACUUAGCAAUAUGGUUAAGGUCAUCUCCAAGGAUAGCAAACUUUCAUCAACACAAAAUUGUGCUGCACCAGUAGUCAAACAUGCUGGUCCAUUUUUUGAACACAAAGAAAAGUCAUGGAUGCCACAAAUGCCACUCUCAUUGUCACAAGGAAGGACUGAUGGAAUCAUGAAUAGUCUCAGACAAAAUGCUAAUACAAGAGGGAGUUCACAUAAUGAUAAAAAAAUGGAAAGCGAGGGGGCAACAAGAGGCAGCUGCUAUAGUGAUGGAAACAAUAAAAACCAAAACGUAGAUGCUUGUAAUGAACUUUUCUUGGAAAAUCAAAUUGUGGCUAAUGGGGCAACAGAAGUAGCUAAUGGAAUGAAUAAAGAUACUAAUGACGAAGAAGUGGUAUGCAAACAACUAAACCCUUCAACUCAGGCAGGCAGUGGCAAUAUAUUGGAAGGUACCCACUAUGCAAGUGCUGCAACAGGUUUAAUUGAUGUCUUUGACAACCAAGAAAGUGGGGAUGUUGAUAAACAUAAGCGGAUACAGCUACCACCUUGGGGGAUUUCACGCCCGCAGUGGACAGAUGAACAACUGGAUCAGCUUUUUGAAUUGGAUUGACUAUGUCUUAUGCUGAUUGGCUAUCUGUUUGCUCCAUCCUGUCCUCAGCAGAAGAUGAAAUCGAUCUUCUAGGUGUAAAGAGGGUACGGAUAUACUCUUUUUUUUUUUUGGUUAUUUUGUAGAAAGUAUAUUGAACGUUCUAUAGAAGUUCCAAAUUCCAAUGACACUGGUUAUGCACA